UUCUUUCGGCGAAAGGAUCGAUUCAACACACGUUGGAACCAGUCAGACGUUUUCGGUGUCAAUUUGGUUGAAUUUCGACGAAAUUUCUUGAUUUUUACGUAAAAGGUUAUCAUCACAUUGAUCACUGAGAUGAAUGCUGCUAUAGAGAACGCCAUGGAGCAGCAGCUGCUCCAUGCAGCUAAUGUCAUGGAACAGCAGGUAGAUGCUCAGCUACACAAGAUGGAACACAUGGACGAUGAUGAUUUUGAGAGCCUUCGUAGGAGGAGAAUGGAAAGCAUGAAGAAAGCACAAUCACAGAAGCAGGAUUGGCUUGCUGCAGGACAUGGCAAAUAUGAAGAAAUUUCCAACGAAAAGGAGUUUUUUGAUGCAUGCAAAAAGAGCAAACAAGUUGUUUGCCAUUUCUACAGAGAAAGUACCUACAGGUGCAAAAUAGUCGAUAAGCAUCUUGCAAUUAUAGCUCCAAAGCAUUUAGAAACCAGGUUUAUCAAAAUCAAUGUUGAAAAGUGUCCUUUCUUAGUAGAGCGUCUUAGAAUAGUUGUUUUGCCAACCUUGUGUAUUGCCAAAGACGGUAAAACCACAGACUACAUUGUAGGUUUUGAUGAUCUAGGAGGCAAAGAUGACUUCCCCACAGAAGCGAUGGAAUGGCGUUUAGGAGUUGCCACUAUUAUCAAUUAUAGUGGUGAUCUUCUGACCCCACCAGGAGGACUACCGACAAAGAAACCAACCAUUCUAGGUCAUCAGAAGAAAACAAUUCGCGGAGGUGAUCGGGAUGACAGCAGUGAUGAAGACGACUGGUGAAUAAAUAGGACAGUGUUUUAAAGAAGCAAUCGGACAUAUUUAAACCCAUGCUGAACUGAAAUUCACUGCCAAGUUUGAUAUUUUUAUUUAGAUUUGACUGUCCAAUUUUACGCUAAGAACAAGUCUGACAAAAAAUUAUAUUACCUAGCAGUUUGUUUUAUUGAUGGCAUUCAAUUUUAUGUUGGCAUAACAUAUGUACCAAGGUAAUAACAAAUCACUUGUUUUUAUAUCUUAACUCACCGUUGUCGACAUCAUACCAUUAGUCUACGACUUCUAUCUUGGAAGUAGAGGAUUUCAGAAACAAUAUAAGAGUGUAUUGGAAGUACAAACGAAUUACCUUGGGUACCUUUACCUGGAAAAAGAAAACAUUCAAAAUGAAAGUCAAACUAAACAAGUACAAGAACAUCUGAUAACUAAUUAUAAAUAAAAAUACAAGUUUAAAGACACAACACUUCUAAUGACCAUUACAGAAGUUUUUCAUUGUAUUUUAGACAUAACUUUACAGAUCUAUAUACAUCAUCCAUGAUGAUAUAGUAUACCAGUAUUCCUCAUCAAAUGUAAUUCUUUCAGCAUCUCAUCAAACAGUUUCAGUCAUUUAACAAAUCCAACUUGUAAGCAUGCAUUACAGUGCAAACAAGUGUUCUGACUCAGACUGGUCAGUAUCAACAUUCAAAGAUACCAUUUAGCUCCUCAUAUUAAUUCUGGAUUGUUGUGUUGUGUUUGACCUUUCUUUACAACAGGAAAGUUACAGUACAGAUAGGUCACUGUGACCUAUAUCUUGUCGACCUUGGACCUUGUCACUGAUUUUUUUUUUAAGAAAGGUUUACAUGAAGUACUGUACCCUGUUACCUGUAAAUUACUAUGUAAAGCCCCAUUUUUGAGUAGAUAAAUUGUUUGUCUUUUCAUUUGGUUGUCAUAUUUUGUAACAGUCUUAAAUACAAACAAAACAGGUCUUGUCCAUAUUGUCAUGAUUAGUCUUAAUUGUAUAUAAGAUAAUAUUUAUUGAUUUUUUUUUUUUAACAUGGAGACAUUUUAUAUGUAAAACAAUACAAUACUGUUUACAUAAAAUUCAAUUCUUUUGAGUCUUCACAUCA